GUGAUUUUACCGCAGGAAAUCUGUCUCUAUUACGAAAUCAGCUUGCAAGUAUUCAUUUUCACAGAUUUCUGGUUCUAGUUGCUUGGAUUUACAACUAUUUGUAGUUAUGGUCUGGCUGGCGACAGUAGUAGUGACUCUUCUGUACAGCUGUUGCUCAGGUGUUUACUUGCCAGCUGAGCCUAAAGAAGAGUGGGGCUAUGUGAAAGUCCGAGACGAUGCCAACAUGUUUUGGUGGCUUUAUUAUGCAGAUAGUCCAUCUGUGAACUUCAGGAAUUUACCCUUAGUUAUGUGGUUACAGGAAGAGUGGCAGGAACUUCAAAGAACACGUUCUUUUUUGGAUGACUUUGGCUUUAAACAAGCUGACCAGGUGGACAACUGGGUAAGCAUGAGUAAAAGGGAUUAUGAAAACAUGCUAAACGAUUUGAUUCUUGUGCAAGAUGAUUAUGUAGAAUUGAUGAAUAAUCCCCUUGCUAGGUUUAAUGAGGAGUUGUUUGAAAUUUUGGAAAAGGGCGAGAAGUUGGGUUUUCUGAGUAACAAGGAUGUUAAAAGAUUGUUUAUUAAGGAGCCUAAGGAUCCUAAGUUUUAUGCCCUGCCUAAACUUCAUAAAAAUUUAAGAUCACCUCCUGGUAGCCCCAUUGUGUCUAUACUUCAGGCAUCCAGUUUGUUGUUUGUGGAUAACCCUGUUGGCACUGGCUAUAGCUAUACAACUAACAGUGAGGCUUUUGCAAAAAAUGUCAGUACUGUUGCUUCAGAUAUGAUUGCUCUACUUAAAGAAUUCUUCCAAUCCAAAGUUGAUUUCCAGGCUGUUCCUUUUUAUAUUUUUUCGGAGUCCUAUGGAGGAAAAAUGGCUGCUGCAAUUUCUUUGGCCCUGAAUGAGGCCAUUCAGAAAGGGAUAGUGAAGUGCAAGUUUUCUGGAGUUGCCCUUGGAGACUCCUGGAUCUCGCCACUAGAUUCCGUCAUUUCCUGGGGUCCUUAUCUUUAUAGCACUUCACUGUUGGAUGAUGAAGGCUUAGAAGAGGUGACUGCUGCAGCAAAGGAUGUCCAGGAUGCUGUAGAGAAAGGUGAUUUCAGAUUAGCAACUGAGCUCUGGUCAAAGGCAGAAACCGUUGUGGAAUCAAACACAGAUAAUGUAAGUUUUUAUAACAUUCUAAAGAAAGAUGUGGCAAAAUCAACAAAAGCAGGAGUGUUUCAGACUCGAUUUCUUGCUUCAUCGUAUCACCGUCAUGUCCAGUUUAUGCAUACCACCAGUCUGGAUGAACUUAUGAAUGGACCUAUUAGGAAGAAGUUGGGUAUAAUUCCCGACUCUGUCACUUGGGGAGGGCAGAGCGAAAACGUAUUUGCAAAUAUGGCAGGAGACUUUAUGAAGCCUGUUAUUAACCUUGUGGAUAAGCUUUUGGCUUCCAAUACUAACGUAACCGUUUAUAAUGGACAGUUGGAUCUUAUCGUUGACACAGUAGGUAAGGAUCUUUACAUAUAUAGAAGUCUAAUUUUUUUAUUGUGUAUGGAGUCUGUUAUUGACAUAGAAAAAGGUAUUUUUCACUGUCCUAAGAAUGUUCAGAACAUUGAAAAGGAAAAUGUUUCUGAAAGGACAACUUCUAUUUUCUCUUAUCAGGUUUCUGAUCCUGAUUCUAAGGAGAGUGUUUCUUCUGAUGGUCUCAUGGAAGGAUUUUCUUCUGAAACCAUUCCUGGAAUGAAUCAGUCAUUUCAGUUGGAACACAAUCUUCCACUGUUUGAUUGUACCUUUUGCAUAGACCAGCUAGAUGUUCACAGAGAGUGCUGUGUUUCUAGGUGCUCGUAUUUCAUUAUUUAUUCAUGGAUUUAUGUACUUGAGGAUGAUGGAUGCUCAAAGGGAGGUGCUCCACUUGACUUGACCUUCAAGUCCAGCUAUAUCACAGUAGACUUGAACACUGUGAGAUCACACAGAGACCUCAUACGACAUUCAGACAGUUGCAAAGCAUCUCAGUCAUGA